GUCAAAGUAUAAUAUUCAGUUGUAUUCUCUUGGACAAGCUAGAAAUUCUUUUUAGCGAAAACCGCACGCGGAUAAGUAAAAAUCUCUAGAAUUCUUUAUCAUAAGUUCAGGCAUUUUUAAGGACAAAGGCGACAAUGUUUUUGAAUUUUCCUUAGAAGCUUUUGUGUGUUUAUGUGCAAUCAAUCGACAGUCAAAGAAUGGAGAGUUCCGGCGAAAGUUCAUCGAGCAAUCCAGUGCUUAUGCGUGGCGAGAGAAAGAAUACUCGAGGCUCGAGACAGAAAGCCGUGGAUAAUUUGAGCCAAAAGUUUUUGAAAAACUUUGAUCCAGAACAUAGCGAACGAGAGAAGCGUAAGUUAUAUCGUCGAUUAAAUCAGAGCUACAGGAAGCACCUAUACAACGAAGACGGUAUUUUUAUACGGACAUCGGAUGAUCUCUGCGACUGCUUGAGCUUGGAUUGUCCAGGAUGUCAUUUUCCAUGUUCCAAAUGUACUUCUUCAAAAUGUGCCCAUGAUUGCAGGAACAAUCGCAAAUGGACCUACGACAGCAUUCAUUGCGAAGGGACCGAUCCUGUGAUCAAAAAUCCACUGGUGUUAAAAUAAAGUAUGAAUGUAAAACACGCAAAUGUGUAUCUGUGUAAGUAUUUGUACAUAAAAACCUUC